AUGGUCAGAUCCACGCAGAUCGCGAGACUAGAUGGUCUCAUGCUGGCAGCGUCUGUCGACGACGAACAGGCAGAGGCAGAACUCUCAGAGGUCAAAUCGCAGGCGAAGAUGAUCUUCCGUCGCAUGAGUCGCAACUCCGCUCCAGAAGCCAGCAUUGAAUCAGGUGUAUACAGUUUACACUACCUAAUCAAAGACGACAUUUGUUUCCUGUGUAUAUGCGACCGAUCAUACCCUCGUAAACUCGCCUUCACUUAUCUGGCCGACCUUGCAACUGAAUUCACAACCACCUACUCCCCUGCUCAGUACCACUCCCCUAAUCUGCGACCCUACGCGUUUGUCGAGUUUGAUACCUUCAUUCAGCGCACCAAAAAGACAUACCAAGACAGCCGUGCCGCCUCAAACCUUGACAGGCUGAAUGACGAACUGCGCGAUGUGACAAAAGUCAUGACAAAGAACAUCGAGGACCUCUUAUACCGUGGCGAUAGCCUCGAACGUAUGGGAGAAAUGUCUGGGCGCUUGCGGGAAGAUAGCAAGAAGUACCGAAAGGCGGCUGUGCGCAUAAAUUGGGAGUUGUUGAUCAAGCAGUACGGGCCAUUCGCAGGAUUCGGUUUCCUCAUGCUUAUACUCAUUUGGUGGCGUUUCUUCUAGCUGCGGGCAGUGGAGGUUAAUAGUCGUUUUCUUCUCUGUAUGGAUAACGAUAUUUUGUUUCGAAAUUGUUGAGACGCAGUCCGAUGCAGGACGCGUUGUGGAUUCCACUUUCCUCCCAUAAGGAUUGGACAGGACUCGAAUAUCCAAUUUCUCGGCUUCAUGCGAUCAGAAGAGUCGACAUGUGCAGUACCUUUUCGUGCCCAGCAGCUCCUCUGCAGACGCCCACAAUACCAAACGUAUUAUUAGGCUUAAAUAUACUGCC